AUGUCCUCCCAAGCAUCCCCCGAGCUGGCCGCGCAGAUCGCCUCGCUCCAAAAGGCGCGAGACGAGCAGGCCGCCAAGGUCAGCCAGCUCAAGUCGCAAAAGGCAGAGUCGGCCGCCAUCAAGGCUGAGGUCGACGUCCUCCUCGCCCUCAAAAAGCAGCUCGAGGGCCUCGGCAUCGUGGACCCCAGGUCCGUCUCGUCGUCGAGCAAAAAGGCGGGCGGAUCCGCAAACAAGUCGGCAUCCGCCGCAGCCUCGUCGUCGUCGUCCAAGGGCGCCGCACCCGUCGCCUACACGCUCAAGACGCCAAAGGGCACCCGCGACUGGGAGCCCCUCGCCAUGUCGCUCCGCAAAAAGAUCUUCAGCACCAUCGAGGAGGUCUUUAGCAGCCACGGCGCAGUCACCAUCGACACGCCCGUCUUCGAGCUCAAGGAGAUCCUCUCGGGCAAGUACGGCGAGGACAGCAAGCUCAUCUACGACCUCCAGGACCAGGGCGGCGAGCUCUGCAGCCUCCGCUACGACCUCACCGUCCCCUUUGCCCGCUUCGUCGCCAUGAACCAGACCGAGUACGGAAACAUCAAGCGCUACCACAUCGCCAAGGUCUACCGCCGCGACCAGCCCGCCAUGUCAAAGGGCCGCUUCCGCGAAUUCUACCAGUGCGACUUUGACAUCGCCGGCGUCUACGACCCCAUGCUCCCCGACUCGGAGAUCCUCUGCAUCCUCGUCGAGGCCCUCGACGCCCUCGGCAUCGACGGCUUCACCAUCAAGCUCAACCACCGCAAGAUCCUCGACGGCAUCUUUGACGUCUGCGGCGUCCCCGCCGACAAGAUCCGCACCAUCUCGAGCGCCGUCGACAAGCUCGACAAGUCGCCCUGGUCCGAGGUGAGGCGCGAGAUGGUCGUCGACAAGGGCCUCGACGAGGCCGUCGCCGACAAGAUCGGAGAGUACGUCAAGCACCGCGGCGGCCGCGACCUCCUCGAGCGCCUCGAGCACGACGCCGUCCUCUCGGCCCACCCGACCGCCUCCCAGGGCCUCAAGGACAUGGCGCUCCUCUUUGACUUCCUCGACGUCUACGGCAUCACCGACCGCAUGAGCUUCGACCUCAGCCUCGCCCGCGGCCUCGACUACUACACGGGCAUCAUCUACGAGGCCGUCACCGCCGCCUCGGCGCCGCCGGGCUUUGCCGGCAAGGACGGUGGUGCCCCGUCGGCAGCGGUGGCGGCGGGAGGCGAGGCCGACAAGCCCAAGAAGGCGGCGGCGGCGGCGGCCAAGAGCGGUGGCGACGACGAGGUCGACGAGUCGACGGUGGGCGUGGGCUCGAUUGCCGCCGGCGGCCGGUACGACAACCUGGUGGGCAUGUUUAGCGGCAGCAAGAAGCCCGACGCGGUGCCGUGCGUGGGCGUGUCGAUUGGCGUCGAGCGCGUAUUUGCCAUCAUGAUGCAGCGGCUGCGCGAGCGCGAGGCAAAGGGCGAGCGCACCGGCGUCCGCUCAAAGGACGUCGAGGUGUACGUCAUGAGCGUCGGCGACGGCCUGCUCAAGGAGCGCAUGAGCGUCGCCAAGCUCCUCUGGAACGCCGGCAUCAAGGCCGAGUUCAUGUACAAGAACAAGCCCAAGCUGCCGGCGCAGUUUUCGGCCGUGGAAAAGGAGGGGAUCCCGUACGCCGUGAUGCUGGCGCCGGCCGAGUGGAACGCCGAGUCGGGGAGAACGGUGCGGGUCAAGCAGCAAAAGGGCAAGGACUCGGCCGAGGGGCAGAGCCAGGGCGACGUCGUGGCGCUCGAUGACCUCGUCGACUACCUCAAGCGCGUCGGCGCCGGCCGCAACGCCGUCGCGCUCAAGGACCGGACCCGCAUCGUCUAG